AUGGAGCAAACUCCGUUGCUCAUGAUCCCUAGCCAAGAAAAGAAGGAUCUCCAUACUCGCCGCUUCUUCAGACUUGCAGAGAACAAUACUUUCACUCUCAAAAACGUGUUUCGAGAUUUUCCGGAGGCUUGGUGUGUGGGUUCAUCACACGGAUGGCUGGUGCUUAUGGAUGGGACAGGAAAACUGGAUCUUUUUAAUCCGUUUACUGAAGAUAGGAUUAAACUCCCAUCGCUUUGGACUCUUCCUCACUUUGCCAAAAUUAAAACUCACCCCAACUUCUCCGAUGAGUCGUUCGCGCGCAAUACCAAUUUACUGAAGGGCUAUAUGAUGGGAAAAGCUGUCACUUCUUGUAACCCGUCUUGCAACAAGGACUUUGCUGUUGUGAUAACUCACAACUUGCGAGGAAGACUUGCAUUUUGUAAGCAUGGGAACAACAGAUGUACAUGGACUGACCUAGGAGACGAGUCUGAUCACUAUAGUGAUAUUAUCUUCCACAAUGGCCAUUUAUACACAUUGACAUCCGGUGGUUCAGUUGGAGUUUGGGACAUGACGAAAUCUUUUCCCACCAAAAUUUUUGAUCUUCACCCUUUUGCAGACCAGUCUGAGAUAAAUAAAGAUUUUCCCUUUGCCAAAUUUGAUGUUCAACAUUAUUUGGUGGAGUCGUCGGGCGACCUUUUAUUUGUUUGGCGAUUUAUAGUGAAUACUAUUGAAGGCGAAACGUUCCCAUAUAGAACCUUGCACUUUCAUAUCUUUAGGCUGAGUUCCACUAGUAAAGAGUGGGAGAAAGUGGAAUAUUUGCAUGACCGGGCUCUGUUUUUGGGAGGCAAUCAUUCAAUGUCAGUAUCCUCCCGAGUCUUUCCUGAGUGUCAAGAAAACUCGAUUUACUUUACAGAUGAUAAUUCUUAUGAGAUGAGUUUAAAGUACAUUGCUAAUGGUCAGGAAGGCGGUCAUGAUAUAGGAGUAUACAAUUUAAAAGAUAAGGUUGUCGAGCCAUUACCAGGUCACCAAUAUUUUGAUAAGUGGACAAUUUAUGAUCCACUUCCCUUCUGGAUUUUUCCCAACCCUUGGCCUUCGACAGUGAGCUACAAUGCAGCAUCACCCUCGCUAUCAGGGCCACGACCUUGA